AUGCAGCGCGCUACGACGCUGUGGUACCACGACCAUACGAUGGGAUUGACCGCGCUGAACAUGGCUGCGGGAAUGGCGGGGCUGUACAUUAUCCGCGACCCGCAGGGCGAAGAGAAGCAGUUCAAAAAAUGGAUGCCAAGUGACGAGCGGCAACUGCACCUCGUGAUUGCCGACAGGAUGUUUUUCGCGAACGGAUCCAUCAAUUAUCCGAACCAGGGCUUUGUACCGAAUGUACACCCCAACUGGAUACCCGGUUACAUCGGCGAUACAAACGUUGUAAAUGGCAAGGUCUGGCCGUACCUCGAGGUUCGGCGAGCGAUGUACCGGAUUCGCAUGGUGAAUGCAGCCAACGCGCGCACGUACAACCUCACCUUCCAGUGCGCUGCAGCUGGCGACUCCAAUUUCACCCUCCCUCUUGCUGGACCCGUGCUGCCCUUCUACCUGGUGAGACUUCAACACUGCACCCGCCUGCUGCCCCGUCCUCUCCCCUCCCCGCUCCCCCAACCCUGUGACCCGUCCUCCCACUUCCUUCCUCCCCGUUGGAUUGGCUCCGAUGGCGGUUAUCUCGCCCGCCCUGUGCGCAGCUCCUCUCUGCUCUUCGCCCCAGGCAUGCUGCACAACCUCCUCCUCAACUUCAACGCCGCUGCACUCGCCUGUGCACCUCUUUCCCCUCCUCCCUCUCCUCCCCCACCCGCCCCACCCUCCCACUCCCCCCCACCCUGCCAGAUCGGUUCCGAUGGAGGCUACUUGGCUCACCUUGUGCGCAGCUCCUCUCUGCUCUUCGCCCCGGGCACACGUCAUGACCUCCUACUCAACUUCAACGCGGCACCCUCGGCGUGCCAGGACGUCAUUCUGGUCAACAGCGCCGCCAUUCAACCGCUCCCCCAACCCUGGGACCCGCCCUUUCAGUGCUCUUUGCCCCGUGACCCGUCCCUCCCCUCCCCUCCCCUCCCCAUCCCCCUCCCCAUCCCCAUCCCCCAACCCGGGCAGAUUGGCUCUGACGGAGGCUACCUCGCCCGCCCUGUGCGCAGCUCCUCUCUGCUCUUCGCCCCGGGCGUGCGGCACGACCUGCUCCUCGACUUCAACGCGGCACCCUCAUCAUGCCAGGACGUCAUCCUGGUCAACAGCGCCUCCAUCCCCUUCCCCGUGGGGCUGCCUGCUGACUCGUUCACGGGCGUGGUCAUGCGCUUCAAUAUCAGCAAGCUCCCGCGCGUGAAGACUUCUUCUUUUCCCAAGAGCCUCUCUCAAGCUCCCGCGCGUGAAGACUUCUUCUUUUCCCAAGAGCCUUUCGGUGAGUGUGUCUCUCUUGCUGUGUCCGUCUAA